UAACACUAAAAGCGCACCGUUUUAUAAGCAAAAGUGCAAACUCUUCUAUCUUCUUCCUCAAUGAACGUUGUAGACUUGUAGCCUUCACAAAACUCAAAACAGUCCUCAUCUUUCUCAGUCUAUCUCUCUUGCUGGGUUUUGCUACGAUGCACUCGCUUCCAACACAAGCAAUAAUGCGUCCCCUCUCUCUCUCGCCGACACUUUCUCUCUCUUCUUCUGCCUCAGGUUCUUCUCGAUACCUUUGCUUUCUCUCCCUACCCAUUUUCCAUAAACCCAAGUCCAGCUACAAUUUUCUCUUUAAUGUUUCCCAUAAGGUCCCUCCUCGUUUCACCGUCAGAAGUUGCAGUUCUAUAUCCGCCAAGCCAUCUUCGGAGCUCCGAAAGAAACGUUCGGGUUCGGACUCGGACGAGAAGCUUCGCGCCCUCCGCGAGCUCUUCUCAAGACCUGGCAUCGGCAUCGACGCGUAUAUCAUUCCCUCUCAGGACGCUCACCAGAGUGAGUUCAUUGCUGAAUGUUACAUGAGGAGGGCCUAUAUAUCUGGGUUUACUGGUAGUGCUGGAACUGCCGUUGUUACAAAGGAUAAAGCAGCCCUUUGGACAGAUGGGCGCUAUUUUCUUCAGGCUGAGAAGCAGCUGAGCUCUAGUUGGAUUCUUAUGCGGGCCGGUAAUUUUGGAGUUCCUACUACCAGUGAAUGGCUUAAUGAUUUUUUGCCACCUGGAGGGAGAGUUGGCAUUGAUCCUUUUCUUUUUUCUUCCGAUGCUGCAGAGGAAUUGAAGCAGGACAUUGCAAAGAAGAAUCAUGAAUUGGUUUUUAUACAUGAUUUAAAUCUUGUUGAUGAAAUAUGGAAAGAAUCAAGACCUAAGCCGCCAAAUAAACCAGUUCGAGUGCAUGAUAUAAAAUAUGCUGGUUUAGAUGUGGCAUCAAAAUUGUCAUCUCUGAGGUCUGAACUUCGUGAUGCUGGUUCAUCUGCAAUUGUUAUAUCCAUGCUUGAUGAGGUUGCCUGGCUGUUGAACCUGAGAGGAAGUGAUGUUCCACAUUCACCUGUUAUGUAUGCAUACUUGAUUGUGGAGCUUGAUAAAGCAGAACUCUUUAUAGAUAAUUCUAAAGUCACCACAGAGGUGAGGGCUCACUUGGAGAGUGCAGGCAUAGAGUUGAAGCCAUAUGAUUCCAUUCUUCGUGAGGUAGAAAGUUUGGCAUCACAAGGGGCUCAACUUUGGUUAGAUACUUCUUCUGUUAAUGCUGCCAUUGUCAAUGCCUAUAAUACUGCCUGUGAAAGAUACUAUAAGAGCCUUGAAAAUAAAAGCAAAAGUAAGACUGAUGAUGGCAUCAAUGGUUGGUCAAGUCUGCCCAAAGGGGUUUAUAAAGUAUCCCCUCUUUCUUUGGCCAAGGCAAUAAAAAAUGCUGAAGAGUUGGAAGGGAUGCGAAAUUCUCAUUUAAGGGAUGCAGCUGCUCUAGCUCAGUUUUGGGACUGGCUAGAAGAGGAAAUCCAUAAAGAUGUGAAAUUGACAGAGGUAGAAGUUGCAGACAAACUUCUUGAAUUUCGUUCAAAGCAGGCUGGUUUCUUGGAUACAAGCUUUGACACUAUAAGUGGUUCUGGUGCAAAUGGUGCUAUUAUACAUUAUAAACCAGAGCCAGAUAGCUGUAGCAUUGUGCAUGCAAAUAAACUCUUUCUGUUAGAUAGUGGAGCUCAAUAUGUUGAUGGGACGACCGACAUAACAAGAACUGUACAUUUUGGUGAACCUACCAGACGAGAAAAGGAAUGCUUCACUCGAGUUUUGCAGGGUCAUAUAUCUCUUGAUCGGGCAGUAUUUCCAGAAAACACGCCAGGUUUUGUCUUGGAUGCAUUUGCUCGUUCUUUUCUUUGGAAGAUUGGACUUGAUUACCGGCAUGGAACUGGUCAUGGUGUGGGUGCUGCAUUGAAUGUUCAUGAGGGUCCUCAAAGUAUUAGCUACCGAUAUGGAAAUAUGACUCCUCUACAGGAAGGCAUGAUUGUUAGCAAUGAACCUGGCUAUUAUGAAGACCAUGCCUUCGGAAUUCGGAUUGAAAAUCUGCUACAUGUGAAAGAGGUCGACACGCCAAAUCGCUUUGGAGGAAUUGGUUACCUGGGUUUCGAAAAGCUCACAUUUGUUCCAAUUCAAGCUAAAUUGGUCGACCUGUCUUUGCUUUCUGUUGAAGAGGUCACUUGGCUCAAUGAUUACCAUUCGCAAGUUUGGGAAAAGGUAUCCCCAUUGCUAGAUGGUUCUGCUCGACAGUGGCUUUGGAACAAAACACGGCCACUUGUCAAGAAUUGAUUCUCAUCUCAGCCAUUGUGCUUCGUUAUAAUACUUUUUCCAAUUCUUGUGGUUCCUAUUUCAUACUCCAUGUAGAUAAAAAUGCAGCAAUUAACUUCUGUAAGAAGAAAAAGUACAGCUUUUUAAAGUUCCAUAAAAUGCUAUGCAAUUGAUGAGAAGUACUGUAUAAGCUUUUCUUUUGAGCAGCAAAGGGCGUAAAUAAGAUUGUUUUUUGGUGCGUAUAUAGGAUUGUUAUACUGUUGGAUGCUACUGACACUCCUAAAGUUUAUUGCAAGAAAUGAUAAUCAUAAUAUUCUUCAGAACUGCAA